CUUGGAUCUAGUUCUCUGCAAGAUGAAAGACCGGAGCUGGCUUUUGAUACGAAUAUUCAACUCCUUUGUUUACACGGAGAAAGUCUCCAAUGGAGAAAGCGAAGUUCAGCAGCUGGCCAAAAAGAUCCGAGAGAAGUUCAACCGGUACUUGGACGUGGUCAAUCGCAACAAGCAGGUCGUGGAAGCAUCCUACACAGCGCACCUGACGUCACCGCUGACCGCCAUCCAGGACUGCUGCACCAUCCCGCCGUCCAUGAUGGAAUUCGAUGGGAACUUUAAUACCAAUGUAUCUAGAACAAUUAGUUGUGAUCGACUCUCUACUACUGUUAAUAGCCGGGCCUUCAAUCCGGGACGAGACUUAAAUUCAGUGCUUGCAGACAACCUGAAAUCCAACCCCGGAAUCAAGUGGCAAUAUUUCAGUUCGGAAGAAGGGAUUUUCACUGUGUUCCCCGCACACAAAUUCCGGUGUAAGGGCAGCUACGAGCACCGCAGUAGACCCAUCUACGUCUCCACUGUGCGGCCGCAGUCCAAGCACAUCGUGGUGAUGCUAGACCACGGCGCUGCAGUCACCGACACCCAGCUGCAGAUUGCCAAGGACGCUGCGCAGGUCAUUCUCAGCGCCAUCGACGAGCACGACAAGAUUUCCGUGUUAACCGUAGCAGACGCCGUCAGGACCUGCUCUCUGGACCAGUGCUAUAAGGCCUUCCUGUCCCCAGCCACCAGUGAGACCAAAAGAAAAAUGUCCACCUUUGUGGGCAGUGUCAAGGCCUCGGACAGCCCCACGCAGCACGCGGCGGGGUUUCAGAAGGCGUUCCAGCUGGUCCGAAGCACGAGCAACAGCACCAAGUCCCAAGCAAACACCGAUAUGGUCAUCAUCUACCUGUCGGCUGGCGUCACGUCCAAGGACUCCUCCGAGGAAGAUAAAAAGGCGACGCUCCGAGCCAUCAACGAGGAGAACAGCUUUCUGAACAACUCCGUGAUGAUCCUCACCUACGCCCUCAUGAACGAUGGGGUGACGGGUCUGAAGGAGUUGGCUUUCCUGCGGGACCUGGCUGAGCAGAACUCGGGGAAGUACGGGGUGCCUGACCGCAGUGCCCUGCCCGUGACCAAGGGCAGCAUGAUGGUGCUUAACCAGCUGAGUAACCUGGAGACCACGGUGGGCAGGUUCUACACCAAUCUUCCCAACCGCAUGAUCGACGAAGCCGUCUUCAGCCUCCCCUUUUCCGACGAGAUGGGAGAUGGUUUGAUAAUGACCGUGAGUAAGCCCUGUUACUUUGGAAACCUCUUGCUGGGCAUCGUGGGGGUGGACGUGAAUCUGGCCUACAUCCUUGAAGAUGUAACCUAUUACCAAGACUCCCUGGCGUCCUACACAUUCCUCAUAGAUGACAAAGGCUACACGCUGAUGCACCCGUCUCUCACCAGGCCGUACCUACUGUCCGAGCCCCCGCUCCACACGGACAUCAUCCACUAUGAAAACAUCCCUAAAUUUGAGUUGGUUCGGCAGAAUAUCCUAAGCCUCCCCCUGGGCAGCCAGGUCAUCUCUGUCCCGGUGAACUCGUCCCUGUCCUGGCACAUCAGCAAGCUGCGGGAGGCGGGGAAGGAGACCUACAACGUCAGCUACGCCUGGAAGAUGGUGCAAGACACGUCCUUUAUUCUGUGCAUUGUGGUGAUACAACCGGAAAUACCCGUCAAACAGCUGAAGAACCUCAACACCGUGCCCAGCAGCAAGCUGCUGUACCACCGCCUGGACCUGCUGGGCCAGCCUAGCGCCUGCCUCCACUUCAAGCAGCUGGCCACCCUCGAGAGCCCCACCGUCAUGCUGGCGGCCGGCAGCUUCUCCUCUCCCUACGAGCACCUCAGCCAGCCUGAGACCAGGCGCAUGGCGGAGCAUUACACCGCUUACCUCAGUGACAACACCCGCCUCAUCGCCAACCCGGGGCUCAAGUUCUCUGUGCGGAAUGAAGUGAUGGCGACCAGCCACGUCGCGGACGAGUGGAUGGCACAGACGGAAGUGAGCAGCCUGAACGCGUACAUUGUCCGCCGUUACAUAGCAACGCCCAACGGCGUCCUCAGAAUCUACCCCGGCUCCCUCAUGGACAAAGCCUUCGAUGCCACUCGGAGACAGUGGUAUCUCCACGCAGUGGCCAAUCCGGGCCUGAUUUCUCUGACCGGCCCUUACCUGGAUGUCGGAGGAGCCGGCUACGUCGUGACGAUCAGCCACACGAUCCAUUCUUCCAGUACACAGCUGUCUUCCGGGCACACCGUGGCAGUGAUGGGCAUUGACUUCACACUGAGGUACUUCUACAAGGUCCUCAUGGACCUGUUGCCAGUAUGUAACCAAGAUGGCGGCAACAAAAUAAGGUGCUUCAUCAUGGAGGACAGGGGCUACCUGGUGGCGCAUCCGACGCUCAUCGACCCCAAGGGACACGCCCCGGUGGAGCAGCAGCACAUCACGCACAAGGAGCCCCUGGUGGCCAACGACAUCCUGAACCACCCCAACUUCGUGAAGAAGAACCUGUGCAACAGCUUCAGCGACCGCACCGUGCAGAGGUUCUACAAGUUCAACACCAGCCUCGUGGGGGACCUCACCAACCUCGUGCACGGCAGCCACUGCUCCAAGUACAGACUGGCGAGGAUCCCGGGCACCAACGCAUUCGUCGGCAUCGUCAACGAGACGUGCGACUCGCUGGCCUUCUGCGCGUGCAGCAUGGUGGACCGGCUCUGUCUCAACUGUCACCGGAUGGAACAAAACGAAUGUGAAUGUCCGUGCGAGUGCCCCCUAGAGGUCAAUGAGUGCACCGGCAGCCUCACCAACGCAGAGAACCGGAACCCCAGCUGCGAGGUCCACCAGGAGCCGCUGACUUACACGGCCAUCGACCCCGGCCUGCAGGACGCCCUGCACCAGUGUGUCAACAGCAGGUGCAGCCAGAGGCUGGAGAGCGGGGACUGUUUCGGGGUGCUGGACUGCGAGUGGUGUGUGGUGGACAGUGACAGCAAGACCCACCUGGACAAGCCAUACUGCGCACCGCAGAGGGAGUGCUUCGGGGGUGUCGUGGGCGCCAGGAGCCCCUACGUGGACGACGCGGGCGCGGUGGGUGACGAGGUGAUCACGCUGAACAUGGUCAAAAGCGCGCCUGUGGGGCCCGUGGCUGGAGGCAUCAUGGGCUGCAUCAUGGUGCUGGUCCUGGCCGUGUACGCCUACCGUCACCAGAUCCACCGCCGCAGCCACCAGCACAUGUCGCCUCUGGCGGCCCAAGAAAUGUCAGUGCGCAUGUCCAACCUGGAGACCGACAGGGACGACAGGGACGACAGGGACGACGACAGCCACGAGGGCCGCGGCAUCAUCAGCAACACGCGCUUCAUCGCCGCCGUCAUGGAGCGCCACGCACACAGCCCCGAGAGGAGGCGGCGCUACUGGGGCCGGUCGGGGACAGAGAGUGACCACGGCUACAGCACCAUGAGCCCCCAGGAGGACAGCGAGAAUCCGCCGGCCAACAAUGACCCCCUGUCGGCCGGCGUGGACGUCGGCAACCACGACGAGGACCUGGACCUGGACGCCCCGCCGCAGACCGCAGCGCUGCUGAGCCACAGGUUAAGCGUCUUCACCCAUAACGCGGUGUUCUUCUCGGAGCCGGGCCCGUGA